GAUGAGGAGGCCUGGGAAGACGAGGACAGCGAGGAGGUAGACGAGGAAUUCGACACCGCAAACAUUGAUGAGACAGACUCCAGCAGCGGCGAGGAUAACGAUGAUGACGCUGAAAAUGAAGACGAGGACGAGGACAUCCCUCUAUCAGACCUCGAUUCUAUAGCCUCAGACGACAAGGGCGAUAUCCUUCCACACCAGCGUCUCACAAUAAACAACAAAGCUGCCCUACUCUCCGCACUCAAAAGCAUCGCUCUGCCUGCCGACCUGCCUUUCUCCUCAAACCAGGUUAUCACCUCUUCGGAGCCCAUAGAAAUCGCCGACAUCGACGAUGAUCUAGGUCGCGAGCUCGCAUUCUACAAGCAGUCUCUAGAAGCCGCCAAGAAAGGCCAAGAGUUGCUCAGGAAAGAAGGCGUGCCAUUCACGCGGCCAAAUGACUACUUCGCGGAAAUGGUCAAGAGCGACGAACAUAUGGGCAAGAUCAAGCAGAAGCUGAUCGACGAAGCGGCGAGCAAGAAAGCGGCGACGGAGGCACGGAAACAGAGGGACCUCAAAAAGUUCGGCAAGCAGGUGCAGGUUGCGAAGCAGCAGGAGAGAGAUAAGGCGAAGAGGGAUACCUUGGAGAAGAUCAAUAUCUUGAAGAGGAAACGUGCCAAUGCCCCUAUUGCAAACGAAACGGAGCAGGAUCUAUUUGACGUCGGCGUUGAAGAGGACGACGCUCCCGUCAAACGCGCGAAGACCACUAGCCGUGGAGACGACAAGUCCAAGGGCAAGUUCAAGCGUGCACAGAAGGACCAGAAGUAUGGAUUUGGUGGUAAGAAGCGAUUCGCAAAGAGCAAUGACGCACAAUCAAGCGCAGACGCCAGCUCGUUCCCUGGAAAACGUAUGAAGGACGGACCCGGAUUCAAGAAGACGAAAACAGGUGCUGUGAAACGGCCUGGGAAAGCCAGGAGA